AUGUCAUCUACAGGGUUUGCUAAAUCAGCAAAACAUUCAAUUGAUCCAUCUUCAUCUUCAGUACCAACAUCAUCAUCAAAUUCUUCAUCAGCAAUAAUAUCAGAUUCAGAUGUUGAUUUAAAUGAUUCACAAGAAUUAAGUAUUGGACAAAGAAAUCCAACAACAAAAUUAAGAAGAUCAUCAUCAUUAUUUUCUUUAAGUUCAAAAGAAGAUAUUCCAAAACCUGAACAAGUUGAAUAUUUAAAAUUUAUAAAUGAUAAUAGACAUUUUAGUUUAAUUAGAAAUUUACAUAUGGCUGAUUUUAUUACUUUAAUGAAUGGUUUUAGUGGAUUUUAUGCUAUUAUAUCAUGUUUAAGAUAUACUUUAACAAAAGAUACAAAAUAUAUUCAAAGAGCUCAUUUUUUUAUUGUUUUAGGGUUAUUUUUUGAUUUUUUUGAUGGUAGAGUUGCAAGAUUAAGAAAUAAAUCAAGUUUAAUGGGUCAAGAAUUAGAUUCAUUAGCUGAUUUAGUAAGCUUUGGUGUAUCUCCUGCUACAAUUGCUUUUGCAAUUGGGUUUCAAACUACUGUUGAUGUAUUAUUAUUAACUUUUUGGGUAUUAUGUGGAUUAACAAGAUUAGCAAGAUUUAAUAUUUCUGUAAAUAAUAUACCAAAAGAUAAAACUGGUAAAUCUCAAUAUUUUGAAGGAUUACCUAUUCCAAGUAAUUUAACAUGGGUUGGAUUUAUGGCUUUUUUAGUUUAUAAAGAUUGGAUUCAUUCAAAUUUACCUUUAGGGGUAUUAUUUAAAGGUACUCCAUUUGAAUUUCAUUUAAUUACUAUUGGAUUUGUAUUACAAGGUUGUGCUAAUAUUUCUAAAUCUUUAAAAAUUCCAAAACCAUAA